CUCCGCCUGCUGCAUUUAACUCGGGACAAGGUGCAGAGAGACAGGGAUGCUGAUACAAGAGGAGAUUUAGUGCAGGAGACAAAAGUAGGACAGACGCGAGGGGAGCCGCGCUUGAGAUAUCGGUCAGCGCAACGCAGGAUCGGUCAUGGUCGGCCGGGGAUUAUGGGUAUGUAAGCACCGAUGCGGGAAACGAGGGAGCAGGGUUGGGGUUGUGCGUGUUGUUUGUCUGGUGGUCGCGAGCGCAGCCCUCCUGGCUCUCCUCUUCGUGGACUUCAUUGAGUUAUGGCUCACCUCCAUGGGCAUGAACGCAGCGCUGGAGGCGCACACCGGCGCCAUCCCUCCGCAGAGCGUCCCUCCCACCAGACCCGAGGAGUUCCUGCUCAUGCCCAGCCCGCUCGCCUGCCAACGUGCCAAGCCUUACCUCAUCACCAUGGUAACCUCAGCUCCUGCCAAUCAGAGAGCCCGUCAAGCCAUCAGAGACACAUGGGGCGGGGAGGUUGAGGUGGGGGGUCUGCGGGUCAUGACCCUCUUCAUGGUAGGUGUGGCUUCCGAUCCCGGAUUGGCCAAGAUGUUGGUGGUUGAGGCCAGAGAGAGAGGAGAUGUGAUUCAGGGGAGGUUUUUGGACACCUAUUCCAAUCUGACGCUGAAGACCGUGUCCAUGCUGGGCUGGGCCCGCCGCUUCUGCCCUCAGGCCAGCUUCAUGGCCAAAGUGGAUGAUGACGUUUUGUUCAAUCCCAGCGCUCUCCUGCACUUCUUGAACAGGACUCAGAACCCUUAUGAACAAGGAGACUUGUACCUCGGAAGGGUACACCUUCACGUGGCUCCAAAUCGGGACCCGGAGAGCAAGCACUACCUCCCGUCCAGGGCCUACCCUGCCUCAGUCUUUCCAGACUACUGCAGCGGGACAGCGUAUGUUCUCUCCCACUCCACUUUGCUCAAAAUUUCUCUCAUCGCCACUGCGUCAUCUUUAUCCACACCUCUGCCCCCUGAGGACAUCUUCGUGGGUCUGUGCGCCCGUGCAGCCGGGGUGCUGCCCUCACACUGCCCACUCUUCUCUGGCAGCCUGUUGUUGCCUUACGGCCGCUGCUGCUACCAGGCAAUGGUGUCUGUCCACCACAUCCCACCCAGGGACAUGCUGCACUACUGGCCUGAUAUCCACUCAUCUGCCUGCUCCUGGCUGAGCCUGCGCACUUCUUUGGGAGUUUGCAAAAUCAGGGCGCUGCUCUGGAUGGCUCUGGGUCUGGAAGAGGGGUUGUGAGGGUAAACUGGAAAAGCUGGGCUCACCGGAGCUUCGAUACUGUGAACAGCACAAGUGCUCUCUGAGGCAAUGUGCAGAAAAAAAAUAACUAUUUUUGUAUCUUUAUUUUUAAAUUAUGUACUUAAAGUGCUUAUUGUUUAGUGUAGAGAAAAAGGUCAAUCAAUAUUUUUAGUCACAUCUUGUUGGAUCCUGUAUCAUGUUGAUGUGCCUGCAAACAAUAUUUUGAUGCUGAAAAGGAAGCUGAGGAAAUCUGAUGGACAUAAUCGCUGGCAGAUCUAAGGGGGGAGGGGCGG